AUGGUUGGAAAAGGCUCCCCAAAGCUCAAUGUGAUUGCAAGGGGGUCGCCAAAGUUGAGUAGAUUCCUGCCUACGACAAUUACUACAAAAAAGAAGCCUUCUCCUAAAUGCAGUGGGGCAAAAAGGAAUGGAGGUUCACCACGAGGAAAACAAAGAGCGGACUGGAACCCAACUCUUAAGAAAUCACUUGUUGAAAUUCUGCAUGAGUAUAAAGAUAGUGGCUAUAGAAGUGACAACGGUUGGAACACUGAAGGGUGGAACAAGAUGGUGAAGGAGUUCCAUCUGAGAAACAAGUCUGUCUCGUACACAAAGGCACAAAUUCAAGAUAAAGAAUGUCAGCUUAAGAGAGACUACAAGAUGCUCAAAGCGGCAAGAAUGCAAAGUGGGUCAAAAUGGAAUGAACAAAGAAAUAUGGUUGAAGGAUCAACAGCAAUGUGGGAGAACCUCAUGGUGGUAAGUUAA